AGUACCCAUCAUCCUUCGGGGUGAGGUUUGUGAUUUGCGAUAUCGAAGGACCUUCAUAGUCCAUACGCGCCAGCCUUCCAGCUGCAUCAUGGCAUGUGUGGCUCCUUGCGUACCUACAUACUACUCCACGUCACUUUCAUCAUAUUUCCUGGAGAGGGAGCCUUACUCAUACAAGCAUUAUUUCUAGACCUUUCGGCUUGCGAGCAGAUUAUUUGCAGCAUACAUAUGAUGCGCGGGUGUUUCCGCCCUUCAAUCUCUGCUUGGGUGAGGUGGUGAGUUUCUGACAAACAUUUCUCCAAUCAAAAGCCUUGGCUAAUUGAUGAAUGACAGGCCGAGUGGUUAUGGCGCUAGUUUCAGGCAGUGUAAACUGUGCCGAAGACAGGAAGCUUACUAGUGGAGCAAUCCUCGUGGGUUCGAGUCCCACCCUCAUCAACACUUAUAUCUUUUGCUUUUUGGGACGAAGAAUGCGUGACAAGAGGCUGUACGUGAAUGCGGUUGUCCGCUUUCUUUACGGUAAUGCUGCAAGAGUCACGAGUAAGGCUCAUUGAUGAAUGGCUUAGCGGCUCGCUCGGGCCAGCCUUUCCCGUAAGCCAAUCAGAACUUGCGCAUGCGAUCUGAACUCCUUCACCGAAACAACAUCGUUCUUCCACGCAGUUUCAUGUAGCGCCUCGCCUCCUAACACUCCAAGUCACUGGCUCAUGAGCCGCCCAGGACAGCCUUACAUCUCCGAAACGGAACAGUUGCAGGAUCAGUCUGCGGCUACCGAACUCCGCGAUACCGAGACCGUAUCGAACCUUGUACGCUCACGCCAUUCUAGAAGUAGUCUGCUGGGUGCAAUGACAGCACGGUGUACUCAGUGCCUCCAGCACUCCAUUACCCAUGCGUUGUCACCAUCUUGUCAUCUCGCAACAUGCGCUACCCAGCACAGAGUGGUCAUGCCCCGCCUGU